ACAUCGAGGAAUACCAUGGAUUGUAUAGAAUGUAGAAAGGUUGGUAUUGAAGACUAUGAUUCUGUUAUGGCUAUCCGGACGGACGUCUAUGAUGGGCUGGACUACCUACCUGCCCUAUACCGGACAAUCAUGACCAAUCACACUGGGUAUGCCGUAUUCGUGAAUAAGAUUAUGGUAGGGUUUGAAUGCGUUUCUCUCAUUGAUGAUGGUGAGACAUUAAUAGCACGUGCAGCACGCAUCCGUAAAGAAUACGAAGGUAAAGGAUUGACCUCUCAUCUGGAAAACGCCAUUACACGAGACAAUGCAGACAAACCUAAGCUUAUACGUAGGGUUUACACAUCUGCAAACAAGACUGUCUUACAGAGUGUAGAGGAAGGGGGAGCUGACCUUGUAUUACAGAAGGCGAUCCUGUUAUACAAAGGACUGAUGUCAAAUAUCCUCCCUUCCCUGCCUACCGUUGAUAACACCAUAGUUAGGAUCCUAACCAAGGAGGACCUAAAGAAACUGAUGUCAUCCAAAACAGACACAGACAGGCUGUUCCCAAAAGGAAGAAUAACUGUUGACUGGGUACCGUAUCGUCUGUUGGCAACUAACGUUGAUCACUUCUUCAACGAAUUUUGUCACAUUUUGGGCAGUGAUUUGAAAGACGGCAAGUCGGAAGGGUUAGAAUGCAUUUCACUGGCUGUUGGAUACAGCGUACCUAAUGGAAUUCGAUACAACGUUGAACUCUACGGCAACUUCACCGAAGAAAUCCUGUCAAUUCACAUGGCGGAGCAUCUCGGGAAGUGCUCAACAUUUGGAAAAGAGAACAUCAAUUUAUUGUUAUAUUAUGAUCAUGGUGCAGACGUUCUAACGAAAACAAUGCACCAAUUUGGAAUGACUAUAUCUGAUGCCUUUCUCUCAAACAUGAUGUAUGGUAUGGAAGAGCCUAUGGUUCCACUAUCGAAAUAUUGA